AUGGCUACAGAAUUCACUAUGAAACACCUUAAUGAUCAAACUAGUAUCGAUCAGUUCCAUUCUCGAUUGGUGCACCAUGGCUUGGAGCUUCUGCUGCACUGGACCAUACCACAAGCAGAGGCAAGAUGGUUCAUAAACGUAAACAAGGACAGGCCAGACACGAAUCCAGUUCUGCUUGAGCUGGCUGAAUUGGAUUUCAACAUUGUUGAAGCAAAAUAUCAGCAGGAACUAAAACAUCUCUCCAGGUGGUGGAAGGGAACGUGCCUUGCCGAAAAGUUGUCCUUUACGAGGGAUAGGCUGGUGGAAUGUUUCUUUUGGACUACUGGGGUGAUAUUUGAACCACAAUAUGAAUUUUGUAGGAAAAUAUUGACGAAGGUCAAUGUUUUAGUAACAACCAUAAAUGAUAUAUAUGAUGUCUAUGCACUCAAUAACUUCGUCAAUGAAAUGGCUUACGACAUUCUUAAAGAAAAAGGGUUUCUAAUAAUUCCGUAUUUAAGAAAAGCGUGGACAGAUUUAUGCAAAGCAUACUUACAAGAGGCAAGGUGGUACUUCAAUGGAUACAAACCAACAAUCGAAGAGUAUAUGAACAUUGCAUGGAUUUCAAUAUCAGCUCAUGUCAUACUAUCCCAUGCGUUUUUCGCUGUUACCAGUCCUAUAGAGAAGGAAGCCGUCCAGUACUUACAGGAUUAUCCCGAUUUAAUCCAUUGGUCGGCAACGAUUUUACGUCUUUCAGAUGAUUUAGGAACAUCAGUGGAUGAAAUGAAAAGAGGCGAUGUUCCUAAAACAAUAUAA